AUGUGGGGGUGUGGGGUGGGUGGUAUGGGGUGGGUUGGUAUGUGGUGUUGGGGGUGGUAUGUUUGGAUUUGGGUGAGGGAGGAGGUGGGGUUAAGGGGGGGGAUGGAUGAUAGGCAACGACUCAAAGAGGCGUUGGAGGGUGUGUUGGGUUCUUAUGUAUGUGGGGGGCUGGUAGGGUUGGCCGGUUGGGGGGGUUUGUGGGUGUUUCUGGGGUGUGGUGGGGGGUCAUACUCAGGUGGUAGGGAGAUGCGGGGGGGAGGGCAGGGGUGUUAUGGGUUUUGGGGUGUGGAUUGGACGUUUUUUUGUGGGGGGGGAAAUUUAGGAUUUGGUGGCAUGUGGGUUUGUUGUUUGUAUUUAUGGAAUGGGGUGGGGUGGUCGGGCGAGAGAGGGGAAGAAGAAAGAAACGCGGGGGGGGCGGGGGUGUCGUGA